CGCAGUGAUGCAACCAGCAGGAAAAGACCGAAGUGAGAGAAAAAUGAAAUGACUCUCCAUCACUGAUCUCUGAACGCACACAGCGCCACAUGGAGGCAGUGCUGAAGAAUGUGGCGAGCACCACGGAGCUGCUGGCAGUGGCGGAGCACAGCGUCGAGGUGGAGCAGUGGGACAAACAAACCGUGCUCAGAGCCUUUCAGUGGGCUCGCUACUGUGAACACGCUUACCACAGAUUUGCCCAUAACUCCACAAUAAGGAGGCUCACAGAGAAACAGCUGCAGGUCACAAAUCAGAGUCUGCAAGCUGCUUUUCCUGCUUACAUGGCAGUCUCCUUCUCUGACCUUGGCUGGUGCCAGUACUUGUUGCUCGUCAAGCUCUUAAACAACCCCUUUCUGCCGAGCUCCAUCUUGAAAAUGUUCUUCGACACCCAGAGUGAGGAUGAGGAUAUGACAGGAUUUUGCAGCCACAUCAUUGAGUAUAAAUCUGCAUGUAAAGUCCUGAAUCCAGUCAUAGACUCUCUUGCCAGUAGUUCUGCUCUAGGCGCUGACGCCGAGGUGCAGGGGGCGAUGCUGAUGGCAAGGCUCCAUGCUUUGCUGGACCAAGGCCAUGAAGCCUGCGGGGCAGAACAUUUUUUAGACUCUGUCCUCCAGGGAUGUGAGGGAACAGAGGAGCAUUUCUGUCUGGUCAUCGCUGCAGCUUUGCUGACGGGGAACAACUUGGCUGCAGAAAAUGCUUCAGAGGAUUUUCUUUUGGACUGGCUGCAGCACAAGCGCAGCCUGCUGCAGCGUCUUUGUUGUGCACUGCCAACUGCACAUCUAAUGCAACUUGCCAAGGAGCACGGGAAAUUCAGGGUUUUGUACUCUGAUGUACUGAAAAAAUGGGCUUCUGCUAUGGAGUACAGUAUAACUGAAGGGGAAUGGGUUCAAAUUGGUAUGAACUCCACCGUGUCCUUUGAGGAGCUGACGCAGCGCUUUCUGGCCUUAUUUGAGGUCUGUCCGUCUCUGAGGGAGGACGUGCAGAAAGAACUGAAAGCUUUGAAAGCUUCUGAUGGAGACUUUGAUGUCAGAGGUCUGAGUGUUUGGGGAGACCUUCUGUCACAAAUAAACAAGUAGUUUAUUUUUAAAUAUUUUGUUUACAUAUAGUAUUUUUGAUGGUAGGGCAGUGCUGGGCAAUCUUAAUUUUAUUUUAAUUUUAUUCAAACAUACAAAGAUGAGCCUGGAACACAGAAUACCGAAUAAAGGUGACAGUUGUAAACAUUUCAAAAGAUGAAAUUCAUUUAAGCAUUGUAAAAACAAUAAUUGGGGUGAAAUAGGCUUACACAGAAAUGCUCCCAUUAUCGAUAUUACUGUCAAAACUUUGGUAAAUUUUCCCCGUCCACUUUG